AAUUGGACAGGAAAGUAUAAUGCAGCUGAGCUUCAUGCACAGCUGUUUGUACUAUUUGUUGUACGGAACAAGCUGCUACUGUCUCAAUACUCGAUACGGUGGUUUUAUGUCUCAGUUUUAUACAGUAUCACUGACCAUGAACAAGAUGAAAAAGAAGUUGCCUGAGCAGAUCCUGAGUCACAUCCUGGAGAUUCUCUACCUGCUAACAGGAGAGCGUGUGACUAACUCACUGACAGCGAGUCACAUGACCGGGGACAAGAUGACAACAGAGAGGAUACUGACCCACACCCUGCAGAUCGUGUACCUGCUGACAGGGGAGGUGCCUAUAAAGUGUGAUGAUGUUGCCGUAUAUUUCUCUAUGGAGGAGUGGGAGUAUAUAGAGGGACACAAGGAGCUUUACAAGGACGUCAUGAUGGAGACUCACCAAGCACUAAGGACUAUGGAGAUCCCAGGAAAUGAGAGCUCAGAACGAACAGGUCGCAGUGAUGAAAAUCUAGACACGGGAGCACAAGAAUGUGUACAGAAUAUUCAGCCAUUAGAUGUCUCUGCAAGUGACAUUAAUACUGACGUAGAUGUUGAAACAGAAGAUGUGAGUGUAACGUGUCAGCUGGAAGCUCCAAUAAAGGAAAUGUGCGACAAUGAAGAACUAACAGGUUGCAAUGAUGAAAAUCUAGACACAGGAGCACAAGAACGUGUACAGAAUAUUCAGCCAUCAGAUGUCUCUGCAGGUGACAUUAAUACUGACGUAGAUGUUGAAACAGAAGAUGUGAGUGUAACGUGUCAGCUGGAAGCUCCAAUGCAGGAAAUGUGUGACAAUGAAGGUCCCUGUCAGGAUGAAGAUUCUUCUGUCAGACUUGAAACUGCUAUAAGGUUGUCUGCAAUUGCAGAUGGGACUUCUGCUGGAAGAAGCCGGAGCUUAUAA